AUGAUGCGACAGUGCCAGCCGGAGGAAAUCACCCCCCCCGGGGCCGGAUGUGGCCCGCGGGCCGCCAGUUGGACCACCAAGACCAAAAAGAGGCCACUCAACAGCAAGCUGCAUUUAUACAGCGCCCUUCGCAAAGGACAGUCUCUCGCAGAGCUUAACCGUGACGGGUGCAAUGGGAUCCUUGAUGUCCACCUGGGCCUCAGUUUACUGUCUGAGGUGAAGGACAGCACCUCGACAAUGAAUUGCUCCAAUAGAACUGCACUCUCCAGCCUGGACCUGGAGUUCAAAGUCCCAGAUGUGGGGAUGACCAAAAGGUGUGGCCUUCUGACUCACAGAAAAGGUUGCAAAAUCAAAGCACUGAGGGCCAAAACCAACACAUACAUCAAGACGCCUGUGCGCGGUGAGGAGCCUGUGUUUGUGGUUACAGGGAGGAAGGAGGACGUGGCUAUGGCCAAGAGGGAGAUCAUCUCAGCAGCCGAACACUUCUCCAUGAUCCGAGCAUCUCGCAACAAGAGCGGGGCAUUGCCUGGGGCCACGACUGGCUUAGCCGGCCUUGCCCUGCCCGGGGCGCCCAGCCUGCCAGGCCAGACCACCAUCCAGGUGCGUGUUCCCUACCGUGUAGUGGGGCUGGUGGUGGGUCCCAAAGGAGCCACCAUCAAACGCAUCCAGCAGCAGACGCACACCUACAUCGUCACCCCCAGCCGCGACAAGGAGCCCGUAUUCGAGGUGACUGGCAUGCCCGAAAACGUGGACCGGGCCCGGGAGGAGAUCGAGGCUCACAUCGCCGUGCGCACCGGCAACUACAUCGAGGUCAACGAGGAGAACGACUUCCACUCCAAUGGCACGGACGUGAGCUUCGACAGCGUGGGGCUGGAGGCCGCCUGGGCCGAGAUGAAUGCUAACGGCCCGGCCCGUAACCGCCUCCUCUCGAGCUACAGGAACGACAGCUCCAGCUCUUUGGGCAGCGGCUCCACCGACUCGUACCUCGCCAACCGCAUGGCGGACUUCAGCCCCACCAGCCCAUUCAGCGCCACCGGAUUCUGGUUUGGGGAGUCGGUGCCCACCGUCAGCUCGGAGGAUCUGCCCUUCGACCCUAGCCCUCUCUCCACCGCGCCCCCGCAGCCUGUCAUUUGGUGCCCCUUCGAGCAGGCCGGCUUCUCCAGCGAGCCUGCAGUGUCCGGGGGGUCUGUGGCCCGGGACAGCCAGCCCACCACCCCGCGCCUCUCGCCCACCUUCCUGGAGAGCGUAGAGCAGCUGCCACUGGCCCACAGGCCAUGCAGUGACCCGCUCCGCCUCUCCGGCUACAUCUCCGGCUUCUCCAACGGCAACAGCUACUCCUCCUCGUCCGACAGCAGCCACAGCGCCUCAGGCUCUCCCACAGACUCGUCAGGCUCCGGGCACGGCCCGCGGGGCAAGCGGGACUGUAUGGUCUGCUUCGAGAGCGAGGUGAUCGCGGCCCUGGUGCCCUGCGGCCACAACCGCUUCUGUAUGGAGUGUGCCAACCGCAUCUGUGACGAGGAGCAGCCAAAGUGUCCCAUGUGCAAUACCCUGGUCACUCAAGCCAUUCGCAUCUACUGCUAGUCGGCAGGACCUACGCAAGUUACAGGAUGAUUUGGAGAGGUGUGGGGGGGGAGGAGGAGGGAGAGUGCGCGUAGAGACCUGUCUGUAAACCUCCUAAAUGUGACUGUUAUAUAUAGGAUUAGGCUGCAGGGUUUGUUUCUGUUGGAAAACUUUGGGAAUUAUUGAGUCUCUUUGUUACGGGCGGGCGGGACGGCAACUCUUUUUGUUUCCAUCGGUCUCCGAGUAAACCACACUCAGCAUCAGCAGAGAGGGAUCCACAUUGCGGGAGCCUCGUGAGUAACUAUCAGAGGCUUAUUUGAUGGAAUUCGUACAAAUUUUUGCAUUGUGCCCUCUCUCUCUUCCACCUUCUUAAAUCCCCCCCUCCUCUCCCCUUUCCCCUCCCAGAACUUAAAUCCCACUCCCCCAGCUCUCUCUAUUCCAGAGGGGCCCAGAUCUGGAGAAAGGCCCCAUCCGAAAUAUUGCUGUGCUGAAAACAAAAUAAUAAUAACAAAUAAAAUCAGUGAGAGGCUGCCAGCGUUUCCUCCACAUACCCCUGCGCUGUGUGUUGGGAGAAUAGCAAAUUCACUUUGUAUCAGGAGCAAAAUUUAAAGCUGGCGAGUGUUUUAGUCCUCUUCCUCCACCUUGCACCGCCCCCCACCCCCGCCCCGCCCCCAGUUGACAUCUUCCCCACAAUUAAACGGUUCAGAAAGUUAGAUGCUGAAAAAACUAUAGCAGAACAUGUGGUGAAUGUCUCUCACUCGGGGAAGUUUAUUGCAGGAGUCGGGUCAGUGACGAGACGCCCACAGCCUGGGUUUGCUCCGUGCUGUUUGCCAAGACGGUUUGAAGUUGAGGUUUGUGGUUUCUGCCCCUUUGUGAAUGUUAAGAAACAGAGGAGGAAGGACAUUGCAUUCCCCCUACGCUCUGUAAUGAGGUGUGAGCACAGCCAUUUUAAUUUGUACUUUGGUCUCUCCCUCCCUACCCCUCUCCACCCUCCUCCACCACUGAUCUCUGAAGGGAUGUGGAAGAGCAGAUGAACCCACGUCUCUUUCC